CGGGGGAAGAGACCUUCUGCAAGUGGGAGCCUAGUACAGCCCCAUUUUCUGUGAACUACUUUGGAAGAGUUUUACAGCCUGUAUCCCGACCCACAAACAAAGGGGUGAGAAGGAGAAGGAGGGCUUGGCACCCCAUGUGGUGAGAACGAACGCCAGCCCCUAAGAAAAAGCAGCUGUGUGUUUGUGCGUGUGUGAUAGUGGUGGUGGAGGGGCACUUUUCAUAGAGCGUCCUCAUCCGCGGACUCUUUUUCCUCCUCCCUCCCUUUUGCGCGGAGGCACAUCGUCCAUUCUAGAGGUGUUCAGCGACGCUUUGGCUGUUGGGGGAUUGUUCGGAACGGUUGCUGGAGUCGGAGGUGCCCGUCCUGCCGGCCAUCUAGCUGGCCAUGGCCGAGUUCCUGCCGCCGCCAGAAUGCCCUGUUUUCGAGCCCACCUGGGAAGAAUUCGCGGACCCUUUCGGCUUUAUCCACAAGAUCCGGCCCAUCGCCGAGCGGACCGGGAUCUGCAAGGUGCGGCCACCACCGGACUGGCAGCCUCCAUUUGCAUGUGAUGUUGAUAAACUUCAUUUUACUCCAAGAAUCCAAAGGCUGAACGAAUUAGAGGCUCAGACUAGGGUGAAACUGAAUUUUCUGGACCAGAUAGCAAAGUUCUGGGAACUCCAGGGAUGCGCAUUGAAAAUUCCACAUGUAGAAAGAAAAAUUCUAGAUUUGUUCCAGCUUAACAGGGUAAGUUACACUUUUUGUCAAAAUUUAGAAAUAGUUUUUAAAGCCACUGAAAGGAUGCAUUUUCUAGAAAUAAAAUUCAGAUUAUAAUGUCAACCUUGGGGU